CUCCGUUGGAGAGCCAUAAGUUACAAAAUCUAACAUGGCUCUCGAAAACGAGGUUGAUUAUAUCCAGAACGAGGCAACAAUCGUUUCAAAAUAUUUUUAAUACCUCUUAUACCUCUCGAAAAUCUUUUGACAUCGUCAUACCUGGAGGUCGAGUGGGCUAUUUCAUUAGUCCAAGGCAUUCGCCAGGCAUUUUUCUAUAGCUGGAAAGAAAUUUGUGUCGAAAAGUGGUCUUCUAGACCUAUUAUUGGAGGCUACAGCCAUCCGUAUAAUUUGAAGAGAAACCGAAGAAAAAACAAAAAUGGCCUGCGGAGCAACAUUGAAACGCAGUCUUCAAUUCGACCCUUUACAUAGCCCCCAGUCUGCCAUCUCGCCAAAGAGAAGACGAUGCCUUCCGAUGACAGUAUCGCCAUCAACACCACCAACUAAACUUCACCAGAUGAAAUCCCCAUUUGAAGAAGUGACCCCAAGCAUAUCAUCAGAGGAAAUUGCUGCCAAGCUGAGUGCAGAAAUAAAGAGAAUGCAUCGAAGGAAACAACUGCACUAUCCUAUGAGUUCCAGUCCUCCUGCCCCAGCCAGUCCUAGUGGUUCAUCAUCACAAGAAAGUUUUUCAAAUGUGCAAUCUUCCCAGUCGACACCUAAUAUAUUUGGAGGCGCCUCUCCUAGUAAAAAAGACGUUCCACUAUUCACAUUCAGACAGGUCACCCUAAUGUGUGACAGAAUGAUCAAGGAGCACGAGGGGAAUGUCAGGGAAGAGUAUGACAAAGUGCUCUCGUGUAAAAUGGCAGAACAGUAUGAGGCAUUCUUGAAGUUCAACCAUGACCAGAUACAGAAGAGGUUCAAUGAAACAGCUGCCAGUUAUGUAUCAUAAACACACAGAACUAAAGACUGGGAACUACAUAUAGUAGGAAACACAUAAUAUAGAACUACUUGAAACUACUUGUUUAUUAAAAUAACCAAUAAAUUGCAUUACUAGGCUACAUGCAUGGAUAUAUAAGCAUGUAUAUGAACACGCAACAAUGUGGGAAUGAUAAGUGAAAAUAUGUAUCAGACAGGAAACUUUGUUCUUAAGAGAGGAACAUAAGAAACCCUACAGGAAAGAAUUUAGGAGAUAGGCUACAUACCCAUGCAUGAUGUACGCAAACUGAAAUUAUUGGAAAAUUGCAGUAUUUUUCUUAUCAAUGAAUACAUGAACAUAUAUGUAUGUAUAUAUAUAUAUAUAUAUAUAGGAUGUAUAUGUGUGGCCUAUACUUUAAUCUAUAGCUUGGGAUAGGCUACAAGCAAUCCACAUAGAUAUUGGGUAUACCCACUUCUACUUUUAGGACACCAUCAACGCUGAGUUGUUUGAAUAAGUGGAAAAUCCCUCAAUGAUUGUAUCAUGGUAAUAUAUCUAUUCCUGGUAAUAUUUGCAUGUUUAACUUAUUUGUUCAGCUUCAAAAAUUCUUGAAACAAGAAAGAAGACUGAAGAAAGACAUAUUUUGGCUUAUUAUAUCCAUAUCAGAUUGAAUUCCUACAAACUGACCCAAAAUGCAAUAGUUGGGUGCAUCAAAAGUUACCAGGAGUAUGGUAUCAGGAUCUAUUAGAUUGGAUGGUAGUGGUGGAGUUUUAUAGGAGUGGUUCACCUGUCUUAAUAUUAAUUAUAUGAUUAACCUGGAAUACAGGGUCAAGUCACCUUAGAAUAUGAGACUUGGAGUAAUUUCAAAUUAAAAUAUUCAUUUGAAAUGUUGAGUCAUAUAUUAAGAUCUCUUGGCCCCACAUAAAAUCACAUUUAUACAUGGGAUGUCAGGCCUAUAUGAAGAUCUCUUGGCCCCA